AUGAAUCGACAGCGAACAUAUUAUGAAAUUCUAGGACUCGAUGCUGACACCGACAUUGAAGGUGUGAAGAAAGCAUACAGAACUCAACUUCUUGAAGCGCAUCCUGAUAAAAACCGUUCGAUCAAUGGCUCUCAAGCGUCGGUGCAAGAAAUAAAACAAGCUUACGCAACGUUAGUGAACCUGGAUUUAAGGGCGAAAUACGACGCAUAUCUAAUGGAAAACAGUAAGAAACUGGGAUUUCACAGUACUGGAGAUGGGCUGGACUCUUUUUCUCUCGAUGAGCUUGAAUUUGAUCCUGAAAAAGGCGUGUUCGCAAUGGAUUGCCCUAGAUGCCAAAGGCAGCACGGUUUCGAGGUUUCCGAAAAAAUUCUCGAAGAGCAUUGCAUUGAGCGAAGAGAAGGCGGGUUCCAGGUUGUGCUUCAAUGCUCCUCUUGUAGUUUGUGGGUGAAUGUGAUUUUUGACAUAGUAGAAGAGUAUGAGUCCUCUUGA